GCCUCCCCUCACCGCCCCCGUCCCGUCCCUGCGUGCGGCCCGGUCGCCAUGAGCGGGCCGUGGGGGGCUGCGGGCCCGGCGCUGCGGGCGCCCCGGGCGGGCUGGCUGUGGGCGGCGGCGGCGGCCCUGGCGCUGGGCGCCCUGCUGGGGGCUUGGCGCUGGGCCGCGGGGCGCCGCCGCCGCCGCCCAGCCCGGCUGCAGCGUGUGGGGACGGUGUCGAGCCUCUUCGUGUACCCCGUGAAGUCGUGCCGGGGGGUGGCCGUGCCGCGGGCGCAGGUGACGCCGAUGGGGCUGCGGAGCGGGGAGCUGCGGGACAGGUUCUGGCUGGUGACCAAGGAGGACGGACACAUGGUGACCGCCCGCCAGGAGCCUCGGCUCGUCCUCGUUUCGGUCGGCUGCGAGAAUGGCUGCCUGGCCCUGAGCGCCCCCGGCAUGGAGGAGCUGCGUGUGCCCGUGAGGCUCCCCAGGAAAAACCCGGUGCGGAACUGCAGGUUGUUUGGACUGGAUAUUCAAGGCAGGGACUGUGGAGAUGAAGUGGCUCAGUGGCUCACCACUUUCCUGAAUUCGGAGCCCUAUCGACUGGUGCACUUUGAGCCUUCCAUGGUGCCAAGAAAGUCAAAGGACGUAAUAAACCUUUUCCGAACCACAGAUGAGGUUGCCUAUCCUGACUGUAGCCCGGUCUUAAUCAUCUCAGAAGCUUCACUGGAGGACUUAAAUACCAGACUGGAGAAGAAAGUUAAGAUACAAAACUUCAGACCGAAUAUUUUUGUGACAGGUUGCAAUGCUUUUGAAGAGGACACCUGGGAGGAAAUUCUUAUUGGCAGUGUGGAAAUGAAAGGGACAGUGUGCUGCGCAAGGUGUAUUUUAACAACUGUUAACCCAGACACUGGGGUCCUGGACAGGAAGGAGCCCCUGGAAACGUUGAAAAGUUACCGCUUAUGUGAUCCGUCUGAGCGACACAUUUACAAAUCCAGCCCUCUCUUUGGAAGAUACUUUGCUGUUGACAAAACUGGAACAAUUCAAGUUGGAGACCCUGUGUACAAGAUGGUCCAGUAGUGAGGGAUGUUUUUAUCAGAAGAUGACUUUUCACUUCAACAUAUUUUUUUCUCUGCUAACACAGUCACUGACAUAACUUUUUCUUAUCUCUUGCAAUAUUUUUAAUACUAUGUUCCUUUGUAAGGCACAGGAGGUCUUGGAGGCAAUGAGCUGUCAGUCAUUUCAGACAUCAUCACCUAAUAGCAUGCAUGUAGCAAACAAGUCUUCAUUUUUUCUGCAGGAUGUGAUAGAGGAGAGUCUAAUCCAAGACAGACUUGACAGUACUACUGUAUCACACCUCGUGAAAUUUUGUGUCAAGCUUGAUGUCAGAAUCCAAAGUUGUUUACAAGGGCUUUGCAUCAUGUAUUAGAUACAUUCAGUGCCUAUAAAGAACCACAAAACAGUCAUGCCAAGCAUAAAAAGCAUAUGCUGAUCAUGGAA